GAUUCAAUUUAUUUUAAAAUUAGUAGUAAUAUUUCUAUCAUGCACGCUGAGCUAUUGGCUGUUUCUGAAGCUUUAUCAUACGUAUCCUCCAUUGAUUACGACAAAUUCGUUAUUUUCUCAGACUCUAAGUGCGCUCUUCAACAUAUAGCUCGAUGUACAUCUAACGCUAGAAGUACUCCCGUAGCAUACAGAAUUUUAAAACAAAUAUGUAGUUUGAGAGAACAGUCUAAAACAGUUUUUUUGCAGUGGAUUCCAUCUCAUAUUGACCUAUUAGGUAACGAUAUGGCGGAUACUCUAGCAAAGCCUAUCUUUUCCGAGUGUUUACACAUAGUUAAAAAUAAAUGCAAUGAUUUGUGGAGAGAAUAUUUUGAUAAAAGGUCGAAAGACAAAGGCAUCUGGUACCGGACCAUACAACCUCACCCACCCAAUGUACCUUGGAUAGACACAGUGUUAUUGAACAGAAAAGACGUUGUCACCGCUUUACGGUUGCGGUCUGGACAUAUUCCAUUCAAUAAAUUUGGCCAUUUGAUGGGUAUAACUCCACACCCUAAUUGUUCAGUUUGUGGAGUAGUAGAGGAUGCCUAUCAUAUAUUAAUGGAAUGUGUUAAGAACGAAACCAGAAGACGCCAAUUUUUCCCAUAUAAACUGUUUUAUACGAAUGUUGGAGAAUGUAAUAGUAUAUUGACAAAACCAGAAUCUAUUUCGGCAAAGAAAUUGUAUAAAUUGGUCGAUGAAGUUCAAUCAAUCAUGUAAUUGUAUUAACAUAAAUGUAUAAUAACAGAGCGACAUAGUCGCAGUAGCGGCAAAGCUCUUUAAUAAAGAAAAAAAAAAAAAAAA